AUGGCCGUGCCAUCCGAAUUCGAUUCAAAUGCCCUGCACAAUAUCCAAGCCUUGGUCUUUGAUCUAAUGGGAACCUGCACCGACUGGCACACCUCCGUCGUCUCCGCGAUGCGGCAGCACCCCACACCGCCCCCACUGACCGAUGCGGACCUUCCGCCGCUUGCGCUCGCCUGGAGGGCAGGUUUCUUCCAUGCGAUAUUCGCAUCGUUCGACGCAGGCGAGGCUGCACCGGACAUCGAUAUCGUGCACGCGCAGGUGCUCGACGCGCUCCUGCAUGCGCGGGGUGUCGGGCACGAUGUGUGGGGCGCAGAUGUGAGAGAGAGUCUGCCGAGCCCCGAGAUCUACCUGAAGGCUCUUGCCUUGCUGGGGCUCCGCCCAGAACAGACGGCAAUGGUCGCUGCGCACGCGUACGAUUUGCGCGCUGCAGCAAACCUAGGGAUGAAGACAGUAUAUAUACAGCGCCCUACCGAAGACCCAGAGGAAGACUUGAACGCGAUCAGAGCUAAUGUUGACGUCUUCAUCGACGGGACGGGGGUCGAGGGGGGAUUGCUAACAUUGGCGUCUCUGCUGUCCGUAUAA